ACAUACUGUUGUCCUGUUUAAUCCAGUCCAGGUGAUCACUAAUCAUCAUAAACUUAAAAUUUACUAUGAUGAUCAAUUGAUGAUGAAAAUCAAUUUAUCAGUUAUUUUUAGACUAUGGCUCAUCCUGCUGUCAUGGUUCCAGUUACCUGCUAAAUACUGCAAGGGUCUUUGAGUGUUUUUCCCUCUUCAUGAUACACACUGUUCCUGCUUUAGCCUCUCUGAAUUCUGGAGCUUUACAUUUUCCCUUCACUGGAACUAAGAGACUCGAACCCUGUUCCAGCAUGACGAUGCCCCUGAACACAAAGCACAGAGCUCCACGAAGACGUGUUAAGGUUGGAGUGGAAGAACUGGAGUGUCCAGAGUGUACAGAGCCCUGACCCUGACUCUCAUUAAUGCUGUUAUAGCUGAAUGGCCAAAAGGGAAGGGGAAAACCGGGCAAGCUUACUCAACUCUAGACUGAUGCAGUAUGGGCAGAAACAAUUAAACACAUGAGAGAUGCUGCUCUAUUCCAGACAUUAGUCAGUGGUCACUGUGAGUGAUACUGAUGUCAUCUAGUGAGCACUCCUUUGAUGGGAAGCUCAUUUAAGAGUCAUCACAGUGUCCUGUUUAGCUUUACACACCAACCAAUGACAAACCAGCAACUGACCAAGCAGUGGUGUCUCCACAGAGAUAUUAACAUCUUCAUAGGAAACGUCAUUGUUAGUAACAGCACUGUUAUGAAGAGGUGAUGUCAUGGACAAGAAUGUUGAGACUCUGCAGCUGGAUUCAACUAACGGUCAUAAUCAGUAUUUUCCACCCUCCAACACACUGAAAUUCAGGCAAUUCCGUCUUCUAACUUUCCACUUCAGAGAUUUGCCCAGUAUUGAGGCUCUUCCUCAGAAGAGACCAGCAGAUGAAGGUAGCAGCAGAUCAGAAAGAUCUCUCAGAGACUUCAUGUUGAAGCACCCAGACGAUACUGCCCCAUCUGUAGCACCACGAGACGUGGAUCCUUCAUCGCCCGGUGGACCGAGUGCACCUCGGAACCCUUUCCAUCACUGGACGCCGUUCUCCAGGUUUAGGGACAUUUGGAGUGAAGGACCAAGACAAAAUGAGGAAGAAAAGAAAGAAGAUGGAGAUCUCGAUUCUCAGGUGUCUUCUGGGGGACUGGACCAAAUCUUAACACCGACUCCGUCUCAGCCGAAGACACGGUCCUUCUUUCAGUCAGUAACAGUUACCAAAGUGGUUAAACCUGAUGGGACAGUAGAAGAGAGGCGUACAGUCAGGGAUGGUCAGGGUAAUGAGGAGACUACAGUGAUCCGCUCAGGAGGUCCUGCUGCUCAAGAAGGUCCACAUGAUCCUCCUGCUUCUCCUUCAGCAGGUUCUUCCAAGCCUUUCUCUGACAUGCAUGAUGAGUUCUCCAUGUUCUCCAAGUUCUUUCGGGGCUUCAGAAGCUGAACAGAGAGAAGACCAGAGUUCUGAGGAUGAGGCAGAAAUAAAGGCAGUGACGUUACAGACUCUUGCAGCGUUAUUUAUCUUCUUCCUUUCUCUUUUCUGUAGAAAAGCUGACUAAUAAAUCAACUAACACAUGAAGGAGUGUGUGUGUGUGUGUGUGUGUGUGUGUGUGAUUUAUUCUUUCAUCCUUUAAAAACAUUUCCCAUGCAUUAUUGUGUGUAAGCUUUAUUUUCAGGUUGUAAAUAAAAGUUAGUGUGAUGAUGUACUGGGUGGACUCAUGCUGCCCUCUCAUGUUUUACAGAUAAAUAUUAAAGCAAUGAAAAAUGACAUUUAAAGGAUUUCCCCUUUCAUUUUCAUGGCCUGGUGGUUUAUUUUUUGGUGCGAUAGCUGUGAGCUUAUGAAGCUAAAUGUAGUUGAACUGGAAGCUCUGUAUAAACUCCGUGUCUCUCUCUCUCUGUCUCACAUAAGUCUCCCUCUCUCUUAAGUGCUUUACUUUAUUACUUUAAUAUGACUCAAUAAAAUUUUUUAUCAACA